AUGUCAUCAAGAUUCUUCUUAAAUGGAGAAGUGCUAUACAAGAAAACAUUUGAUUUGGGCCUUCUGAGAUGCAUUGAUGAAGAGGAAGCUAAUUAUAUGAUAAAUGAAGUGCAUAGUAGGGUUUGCGGGCCAGACAUGAAUGGGCAUCUACUGGCUAAGAAGAUCAUGAGAUCAGGGUAUUUUUGGCUUACUAUGGAGCAUGACUGUAUAGAUUUUAUCAGAAAGUGUGUCAAAUGUCAGAUGCAUAGUGAUGUUAUACGUGCUCCACCUACAGAACUCUAUAGCAAGACUACUUCAUGGCCAUGUUCAAUCUGUGGAAUGGAUGUGAUUGGAGCAAUUGAUCCUCCUGCUUCGAAUGGGCCUCAGAUGAAUGGAGUUGUUGAAGCCGCAAAUAAAAAUUUGAAGAAAAUCAUUCGUAAGAUGACUGAAGCACACCGGAAUUGGCAUGAGAAGCUGCCUUAUGCAUUGAUGGCGUACAGAACUACUAUCAGGACUUCUACCGGAGUAACUCCUUACUCUCUUAUGUAUGGAAUGGAAGCAGUAUUGACUGCAGAAGUUGAAAUUCCUUCCUUACACAUUUUAAUGGAAGCUCAGAUAGAAGAUGCUGAAUGGGUCAGGGAACGCUAUGAGCAGUUGUCUCUAAUUGAUGAAAAGAGGUUGAAUGCCGUCUGUCAUGGACAAUGUUAUCAGCAACGAAUGGCUCGGAUUUACAACAAAAAGGUUAAGCCCUGUUUGUUUGAAGUUGGAGAAAAGGUCUUAAAACGGAUUCUUCCAAUGCAAGAGGAGGCUAAAGGAAAGUUUCCUCCCAAUUGGCAAGGACCAUUCACUGUUAAAAAAGUGCUAUCCAGAGAAGCGCUUAUCCUUAUGGAAAUGGACGGUCAAGAAAAAUUAUGUGACACAAUACUGGUUUAG